AUGUCUGAACAAAAUAAUCGUUCUUUAAAAGACCUUAUCAAGUAUGCUUGGGCAGUUACUGGUUUGGUACCAUUAGUAGGAAAUUCUGAUAGUCUUUUUUCCGAAGUUGAAGGAUACCUCGAUGUACUAAACAUGGAAGAAAUAACUAUUGAAAAUGUUACGCCUGAAGAUUCUCAUUUUGACCCAGAUGAAACAUUUGAAAAAGACGAUCAUGAGGAUAGCUAUGAAGACGAUGAAGAGGAAGAGUACCAAGAGGAUGAAGACAAAACUGAAGAUGAAGAAGAGAAUUCCAGGGUAGAUGUGGAGGAAAUUCAGGAUUAUGCUGAUGUUAAAUUUGUUGAAAAUAGUGGAAAUAAACUAUUUUCAGCUAACGAGAGUAUUAGUAAUAUGGAUAGUGAUGAUGAUUUAAUUAUUAUUGAUUCAGGACCCUCUGGUGUUGUUUCUACCAAAAAUUCCAGCGGCUUUGUAUCUCGUAAUAAUUCAUCAAUGGCUAAUACCGAUGAGUUUUUGGAUAAUUUGAUAUCUAAUGUCAUGCAGCAAUUUGAAAAUUCUGAUUCAAUGCCACAAUCAUCUGUUGAAAUAAUAAAUUCCUAUGGAGCUGAUGAGGAGUUAACUGUUCAAAAAAAUACCAAGGAACUAAACAUGACAAAAUUUAAGCAAAAUGCACUGGAAAUUGUUCCAAUUGAGCUACAGGCUGCGUAUGGACGCUGGUUUGAUUCGCUGGACGAUCACCUUAAAACACUGCGAGCCCGCAAAAAAUCACAAAGUUCUAUAGAGUUUGAUGGGUCUAAAAAAGUGGUUGAAACGAGUACAAUGACUGAAAAUUGUAGCAAAAAUAGCUUUAUUUUAUCUAAAGGGGAAAAUGUUCCUAAAGUUUCUUUAUCGAAAAUACCUUUUGAGAUAAGUAAUAAUUUUAGUAACAACGAUAACAAUAACGCCGACGAUGACGAUGACGAUGACGACGACUUGAUUGUGCUAAAGACAGUUCCUGUUGGUCACUAG